UCACCGUCCGUCCGCACGACAACAGACAACAUAGACAAGCGUCAUCGCAAUUCGCAGCGGUUUGUCAUUAAUUCGGAUUAUUAAAUUAUUUUCCGUUUUCUUGCGUUUACCAUCGUGAACACGUACAAAAAAAAAAAAGACGCAAGACGCCGAUGUGGAUUGUUGUCGGUUGACGUUCCGACUGUUCCGUUUUUCUCCUCCGUCGACCUGCUAUAGUGAAGAGACUAUCCGAACUUCAAAAUGUAUCUAAAGACAUGGAAAGAAUUCGAGACCGCCUCGUACAAUCUGCUCCUCAAAGAUCCGACCAGGGUCAGAUGCACUAUGAAAUAUUGUCAUAGCGAAUCAACUGUGCAGUUAAAAGUUACAGAUGAUAUUUCGUGCUUACAGUUUAAAACUUCAGAUAUACAAAAUGUAAAGAAAAUUGAAGUAUUUUAUGCUACAAUUAUGAAACAAAUAACAUCUAAUGAACUUUGAAAUUCAAAUCAAAAAAUAUUUAUAUUAAAUUCUACGAACCGUACCCUUGCUUAUGCCACUGAAGAGAAUACCACACCGCUUUGUUGUCUUUGACUUACAUGCGGGUUAAAUAACAAAUUUAUUUCCAGCAGUUCAUGUUUAUUUUGUUUAUUAUUACAAAUUUCAGUGAAUUUACCUAUCAAGCAUUUAAAGGCAACAUCAUUAUUUGUGUUGCUUCAUAAAGUCACAAUUAAAAUAUCAUAAAAAU